CAAGAGCUCAGAAGUAAAUGUUGGGGAAUUACUCUAGCGCCACUGAAUUUUAUCUCCUUGGAUUCCCUGGCUCCAAAGAACUACACCGUAUUCUCUUUGCCACCUUCUUCUUCUUCUACUUAGUGACAUUAGUGGGAAAUAUGGUCAUCAUCAUGAUUGUCUGUGUUGAUAAACGCCUGCAGUCCCCCAUGUAUUUCUUCCUCAGUCAUCUCUCUGCCUUGGAGAUCCUGGUCACAACCAUCAUCGUCCCGGGGAUGCUCUGGGGGCUGCUGCUCCCUGGGAUGCAGACAAUACCUCUGACUGCGUGUGUCGCCCAGCUCUUCCUGUACCUUGCUGUGGGGACCACAGAGUUUGCAUUACUGGGAGCGAUGGCCGUGGACCGUUACGUGGCUGUCUGUCACCCCUUGAGAUACAACAUCAUCAUGAGCAGCCGCACGUGCAACUUUGUGGUAAUCAUGUCAUGGGUGUUUGGGUUCCUUUUUCAGAUUUGGCCAGUUUAUGCCACGUUUCAGCUUUCCUACUGCAAAUCAAAUGUGGUGAACAAUUUUUUUUGUGACCGAGGGCAAUUGCUCAAACUAUCUUGCAAUAAUACUCUCUUCAUAGAGUUUAUCCUCUUCUUAAUGGCUGUUUUUGUUCUUUUUGGUUCUUUGAUCCCUACAAUUGUCUCCUACACCUACAUCAUCUCCACCAUCCUUAGGAUCCCCUCUGCCUCUGGCCGGAGGAAGGCCUUCUCUACGUGUGCCUCCCACUUCACUUGUGUCAUCAUCGGCUACGGCAGCUGCCUGUUCCUCUACGUGAAACCCAAGCAGACGCAGGCAGCUGAUUACAACAGGGUAGUUUCCCUGAUGGUUUCAGUAGUUACUCCUUUCCUCAACCCCUUCAUCUUCACUCUCCGAAAUGACAAAGUCAUAGAGGCCCUUCAGGAUGGAGUGAAACGAUGCUGUCAACUAUUCAGGAACUAG